CUCCUGUUAUUCUCUAAAAUUCCCAAUACGCGUCUUUUUCUAGUUUAUACUUUUUAUUCAUUGUUGUAUAAAGCAAGCAUAUUCUGAUACUCCAUUAGCAAAUAGACACCAUGUUUCAUAACCAAACCAAAAUAGAGAAGUUGACACCUGAAGUAUUGGCCAAUAUAUCCUCGCACCUAACAGUAGCUUCAAUACUUCAGCUAGCCCUUGCUUCGAAAAGUUUUAAGACUUUAAUGACAGAUGAAUCUAUAUUCAGAAAGUUGACAGAGCGUGAUUUUGGUGUGACAGAGAUAAAGGUAACAGAGGACGAGAAGCGACCAACAUGGGUUGCACUGUACAGAGACCUUCUACUCUCGCAACAAGAAGAAGAUGAUAAGAAAAAUGACAGUGACGAUAGCAGAGAUAGUGCCGCUGCUGCAGAAGCAGAGAAUGAUGUCGAAAUGACAGAAGUUGUUGAAGCAGAAAUGAAACAAGUUAAAGAAGAAAACGAGAAUGGCGAUGAUACUGAAGGCGAUUUCGCUACACCUGACAACAACAACAACAAUACUAAUGAUAGCAAUGCAGGAGGGAACACUACUGCAGGAACUGGAUCAGAAGAACAACAAGACUCAAAGGAAGAGAAAGAUGCUUCAUCCGCUGCGCAGAAUGACAAAGACACUGAAGAGAAUCCCUUACCGUUAUUCGUGCGAUAUCUGUCAUAAAAAAUCAGUUGAAUUUUUGAAUAUGAGUGUCAUUACACAUAGUGAAGCUUGCACCGACUGCUUGAGUCAGACGGACGUUGAAGACGAUAACCACUACCCCAUUCAAUUACAUUUGGAAUCAUGUGAAUUAUACUGCUUUAAAUGUGGUGAAGGAAAGCCACGCAAGCUUACUGUGGAAAAGGAUGGUAAUGAUGUGCGGGCUAUUUUGGAUUAUAUCAAAGCACCAGAAUCAGCAGACGAUUUGGAUAAAAGACGUAAAGCCGAACAGCAAUUGUACAUACAGGAAUUAAGAAGGGAAGAUAUGACAUUAAUGCACUAUUUAGUGGAGAAGCAAUGGGGCCGAACAUGGAUGUUGUUUAGAAACCGCGAAGGCUCACCCUUACCUACCAAAAUUACUAACAAUAAAUUAGCUCGUAUGAAUGGUACAUUAGAUCCCAACAUUAGAUUACCAAUGGAUAAAUAUCGUCCAUCUCCAGAAACACAUGGUGACAUUAUCAGUGAGAAACUUUGGGGUUACCUAUCAAAAGCUUAUGGAGUGCUUGGAAGGGCCUAUAAUGAAGAUGAUAUAAUUGCACCUGAAUAUGCUAGGUUAAGAGUUUAUGUUGAUGAUUUCAAGAAAAGUAUUGAUCUUUACCCUUAGUUAGCUUUUGCAAUAAAUCAGUAGACAUAGAUAAUGUCCAUAUGUGUAUGUGCAAGGACGCGAGUGAGAACAUUAUGUAAAUCU